AUGAAUCCCUCUACGCUUAGUGCUAUCAAACUGCAGGUUCGCUCAGUAAUGAAACAGCGACUUGCCGAUCUCCCACAACAUUACGUCGAGUCUCAGAGUGCAAAAGUAUUCGACACAAUAUCUAAAUUCAAACCAUACGUGGAUGCAAAAAGAGUGGCGGUCUACUUGUCUAUGCCCAGUGGGGAGAUCCAAACAGACUCCAUUGUUAGACAUGCUUUGACAUCGGGCAAGCAGGUGUUCGUGCCUUACCUUCAUAAGUCAGGCCUGCGACGGGGCGAUGGUCCAGCUAGACUGAUGGACAUGGUGAGUUUGAAAAACAUCGAAGAUUACGAAUCUCUGCAGAGGGAUAAGUGGGGCAUUCCAAGUAUCGAUCCAGCUACGGUAGAUGAGAGAAAACGCAGCGUGGGCGAGCUUGUUGGGAAACAAUCUGAGGAUGUCUCGCUAGAUUUGAUCCUCAUGCCUGGAGUGGCAUUUGACAUUCAGCCUACACCUAAGACAAUUCGAAGACUCGGUCACGGUGGAGGCUUCUACGACUAUUUUCUUCAUCGAUACGCGUUGGCUGCUUCACCAGAGGAAAGGACAACAAAUGGCCGACCAGCUGUAUUACUAUAUGCCCUAGCUUUUGAGAAGCAACUCCUCUGCUCCGAAGAUGGGGAAUCUGUCCCGGUUGAACCUCACGAUCAACCAAUUGACGGCCUCAUUCUCGGGAAUGGCCAAAUAGAGGAGUCCGCGAAAAGCGGCGAAAACCACAAUGAAUUAUCUUGA